AUGUGGGUAUCAAAGCUGCGAAGAUCAGCUGCAACUCGUCUCACGCGUCCUGCCAAUGCCUUUGCCUCGUGCAGCCACGUCAGAACCGUUUAUGUCAAUCAUUUAAGAGUCUCCAAAGUAGUUGCUCCUUGUUCUCUUUACUAUCGUAGAUUUGCAACUUCGUCCAACAGCUUUCAGUGUCAAUCCUGUGGCCACACUUUUGUCAAGUGGCAGGGCCAGUGCUCGUCGUGCUCACAGUGGGGCUCUGUAGUAUCCGCCAAGCCUGUGGAGCCAUUGUUUCGACAGUCAAACGCCGCAUCCUUCGUUAAAUCCAAGCCGAAGCGUGCUGUGGCCUGGUCCACAAAACGCGACGACGUCUUUGAAGAGGACGUCCCUUAUGCUCUACGAAUGAACGAUGUUGUGUUGGGCACGUCCGUAGAUCGCAUUGAAUUAUCAGAACGCGAGUUGAAUUGGGUGCUAGGAGGAGGCUUAGUGGCCGGCUCGAUGACGCUAGUAGCAGGAAAUCCUGGUGUCGGCAAGAGCACGCUAGCACUGCAGAUGGCAAACAUGCUUGCAAGUGGGCCGGCGAUGCAGGCGCGUGGAGUGCUAUAUGUAUCGGGUGAAGAGAGUGUGCUUCAAGUGCGGAUGCGAGCCGAGCGGCUUGGAUCUGUGAGCAACAGUUUGUUUGUGGCUAGUGAGACCAAUCUGGACUCGGUUUUCCAGUUGUUGGAACAAGGCAACGGACAUGAUGCGGGCAGUGAUGAUUACAAAGGAUAUGGUGCUGUUGUAGUGGACUCAAUUCAGACUAUCUAUGCAGAAGACAUUGCCUCGCCGGCCGGUUCAGUGAACCAAGUGAAAGAGUGCACUCUUCGCUUGCUUCGAUUAGCAAAGUCACGCAACGUGCCAGUGAUACUAAUAGGGCACGUCACUAAAAGUGGCGACAUCGCUGGUCCUAGGGUGCUUGAGCACAUUGUGGACACUGUGCUGCAGCUGGAGGGCGACCCGCAGAGUGCCCGUCGAUUCUUGCGUUGCCAAAAAAAUCGCUUCGGUAAUACUAGUGAGGUUGGUGUCUUCAACAUGACUGACGAGGGCCUUAAGCCGCUGCUUAAUCCUCUCAUGGCAUUUGUUUCGUCACAUGACGAGGAUGAGGACGAUGGUGACUAUUCUGACAGCAUCGAGGAACCCGAGAUUCAACCGCUUGACGGAUGCUCUAUUACCAUUGCUAUGGAAGGCAAGCGGCCAAUUCCUAUCGAGAUUCAGGCCCUGGCAAACCGAGCACACAACGUAAAUGCUGUGCAUGGUGGUGGUCAGUCUUUCUCACGCGUACGCGGUGUGGGUGUAGCCUUUGACAAGCUACUCCUCUUAUUCGCCGUUUUGGAAAAACGAGCAAGAGUUUCUUGCCGCAAUCAGAGCGUGUUUGUGAACAUCGCGGAGGGUUACACUAUUCAGGAACCUGCUGCCGACUUAGCUUUGGCAGUAGCUUUGGCUAGCUCUGUUCUUGGCCGUCCUGUAUUGGAGCGAACAGCGUUUCUUGGAGAGGUAUCGUUAUCCGGCCAUUUGCGCCCAGUUAAAAUGCUUGAAUCGCGGCUCACAGCAGCACAGAAAAUUGGAUUGGAGGUCUGCGUGAUUCCUAAAGAGCAUGAUCAAGCCACGCGUCGCGCACUGCGUAAAAAGUUUGCAGACACGCUAACAAUCAUCGAAGUAUCGACGCUACUACAGGCUUUGAAGAUCGCGUUUCGUGCUCCAGCAACUGCGUCGUUCUUUUCCAGCAGAGCUUCAACUGCGGCGGAAGACAGCACAUUGCAGGCUACAUUGGCUCCGGACAAGAUGCAAAACAUGUAG